AUGUCCGCCUCACCGCGCUCUCUGCACCCCGCUCCUGCCUACGCCACGGCUCCCAGCCGCGCGCACCCCUACGCAGCUGGCCCGUCGCAGCACCGUCGUGGCCGCAGCACCGCCGCCGCCGCCGAGGACCGUCUGCCCCCCUCCCCUCCCCGCUCGCGCCGUGAUGCCAGCGUCAGCCCGCCUGCUGCCAAGCCCUCUCCUGCGUCCUUUGACGCUGCCGACAACUACUGGGACGAUGUCCCCGCAGCCCCCGCGUCGCUCGCUAGCAUCCUCGACUCGUUCCGCCGCUCUGGCGAGGGCGACCGCGAUCUCUUGAUCAGCAUUCUCGGUGCCAAGAAGGCCGAGGAGGAGCGCCUCACUGCCAUCGUCCAGACCCGCCUCACCGUCCUGCAGGCGCGUCUCAACCUCGCCGCCAUCCAGGCCCAGAUGCCGUCCGCUGCCCCCGUCGACCUCUCGCGCCAAGAACGCACUCCCUCGCUCUCGCACUCGGCGCCCAGCACCGACUCGAGCCCGCGCAUGUCCCACCCGGCCGCCGGCGGAUACUGGCAGCAGUACCCGCCCGCGUCGGCCAGCAGCGAGCGCAUCCACCUGCCCCCACCCAUGGGCUACGAGCGCGACCACCGCAUGCACCCCCACGCGCACCCCCACUCGCCGCGCGACCGCUCCGACUCUGCGUCGUCGCGCCGUCCCGAGGGCCUCGAGAUGCUCCUCGAGGGCGUCCGCGAGGCCGAGCGCAAGGACCGUCUCUAG